UGGGGCAAACAACAAAGGUCAGUUGGGAGGAUUUUUUUGAAGCAGCUGCUGAUGAUUCCAGGCUAUUGGACAUGUCUCUUCUUUGUAGAUAAAUACAAGGGAAUUUCAGAGCCUGUCAGCUGCUUGUCUGCGUGGGGGCCCAGCAGAGUUAUAAAGUGAUUAGCCACUCCACCCAUUUGAAACGCAAGAUGACUGCUGAUUGUGGAUUUCAGAGAUACGGCAUCCAGUCUUUGAACGCUGCUCUCAAGGUCUGACUGCAAGCCUGCUGCUGACAGAGACGGCUGCACUGAUUCAUUCCUCCAUCUGCGAAAUCGGGAAUGGAUCAAAUCGGCAUGCAGCGAGAAAAUGGUCCCAAUACCUUCCAAUGCUGCUCCCAUGGUCUUACCUCGGGCGAGGUGACCGACCUCCUGGCACCGGUUGUGUGCUGUGAAUUGAAUCAAAACCGUUGCAGAAACAUCAGACUUGCAAAAUGACUGCUACUAAUCUACCACAAGACAAAUACAAGGCUGUGUGGUUGAUAUUCUUCAUUCUUGGAUUAGGAACGCUCCUGCCAUGGAAUUUCUUUAUGACUGCCACAAUGUACUUCACCAGCCGGCUGGUAACUGCAGAGGAAAGGAUGUUACAGGUCAAUAACACAGGCAACCUGACAGUUGUGAUGCCGAAGAAUUACCUGGAGUCCAAAUUCAACAACUUCAUGACUCUGUGUGCCAUGGUACCACUUCUCAUCUUCUCCUGCCUCAACUCUGUCCUUCAUCAAAGGGUUCCCCAGAAGGUGCGCAUCAUGGGAAGCCUGGCUAUCAUUCUGCUGCUGUUCCUCGUGACUGCUGUUCUUGUCAAGAUCUCCAUCCUUCCGCUCUCCUUCUUUGUGCUGACGAUGAUCACAAUCGUCUGUAUCAACUCUUUUGGAGCGAUUCUUCAGGGCAGUCUCUUCGGACUAGCCGGCCUGCUGCCAGCCAGCUACACUACCCCCAUCAUGAGUGGACAGGGCUUGGCAGGCACAUUUGCUGCCUUUGCCAUGAUCUGUGCCAUUGCAAGUGGUUCGGCGUUACAAGACAGUGCCUUCGGAUAUUUCAUCACAGCUUGUGCGGUGAUCCUCAUCGCUAUUGGUUCCUACAUCGCCCUCCCUAAAAUGGAAUUUUUCUUGUUUUAUUUGAAUAAAGACAGCAGCCCUUCGACAAGCAGCAACGAUGGCGAAACCAAGCUAGACCUGCUGAAGAAAGCAGAACAUACAAACGGGGCAGAUAACAAGGCUGUCAUAAGCCUCCCUGAUGAUCUUCACCCUCAAGUUUCAGUAGUUGCGAUCUUAAAAAAGAUCUGGGUGCUGGCGUUUUCGGUGUGCUUUGCGUUUACGGUCACUAUUGGAACAUUUCCCGCAGUCACUGCCGAUGUGAAAUCCACCGCUGCAGGGGACAGUGCCUGGAGAAACUAUUUUAUCCCUGUCUCAUGUUUCCUGCUGUUUAACCUGUGUGACUGGGCUGGAAGGAGUCUCACUGCGAUCUGUUUGUGGCCUGGCAGUGACAGCUUUCUCUUGCCGAUCAUGGUGGUGGCUCGCGUGGUCUUCGUGCCCCUGUUCAUGCUGUGUAACGUGCAGCCUCGGGAGAACCUGCCCGUCCUCUUCGGUCACGACGCCUGGUACAUCGUCUUCAUGAUCCUCUUCGCCUUCUCCAACGGAUACCUGGCCAGCCUCUGCAUGUGCUUCGGACCCAAGAAAGUGGCCCCUCAUGAAGCGGAAACGACUGGGGCCAUCAUGGCCUUCUUCCUGUCUCUGGGCCUGGCCCUGGGUGCCACAGUCUCCUUCCUGUUCCGGGCGCUGGUAUAACGACACAGAUGAAUCCCCACAAGUUUUGAUUGCACUGGAAACAAGAAGGAAGCUCACCUCUGCAGACGCUCGUUACCGGGUAUUAGACCAGCCUUGAUUUUAUACACUAGCGGGCUAGAGGGGAAGCGUGCCUUAAAAAUGAGAUUCAAUUGUUAAAUUAAAAAAAUGUAAAUUUACACUGCUUUUUAAACUGCUUUUUUUCAAUUGUUUCAAUCAUUUUUAUAUAUUUUAAGUGUUUUGCUUGUUUAAAAAAAAAGUACAUUAUGUAAUGUGCUAACAAUAUGCUUAAGUUUUAUCAGUUGUGUGUGUGUUUUUUUUUUUAAUAUCUGCUGUUUUGUUUCUUGUUAUAUUUUUUAAACGUUUUAUUAAUUUUUUGUUUUUUUAAUAUACUGAAGUACUGGAUAGUGAACCCUGAUGCUGUAUAGAGAGAAGUGAAGCUGAGUUUCAACUGGAAACUCAUAUAGAAACAAUGCACUGCUUAGCAACGCACAUUGUAUUAGUCCUUUUUCUGGUUAGUUUCCUGUUUUAUCAAUUUCAGUAUGUUUGUUACCAUGUAGAUAGUGGAGUUUCUAGUAUAAAAAGUUGCAUUGUAACUAGCUGUAAUAUCAAUAUGAAGUGAUGAUAAAAGGUAGGAUUUAUAAGCCAUAUGUACAAUGAAAGCCAAGAAAUUUGUGACAAGCAAUGGCUUUAAUGAUACAAUGAUCUAGCUUAAAGCAGUAUUAAAGCGCUAGCUAUGUGAUUAGAUGUCGUGUUUGUAAUUAAAUGCGGGCAGACAGACACUAAUUAGAUAGAGGUAACAUGGGAAUAUCUCUGUCAAAUUUUAGGAUUGCGUCUUUAUAGAAUUAUCAUCAACCUUGGGUAUACAGUAAUUGUAGACCGUGAAAAUAAGGGGGAUGUUAACAAAUAAAUGUAACCAUGUUAGAUCAGAGCUGCCGUUGUCCUUAAAUAUGUGGAGAAAACAGUUGGUGGGAGUGAGUCUUCCAGACUUUUCACAGAACCUUAUUUUGUAUACUAAUCUAGUAACGCUUAAAGAAACUUGUAACAUUGUUCGAUAGUUUAGAGGAGCAGAUUGAGGCGAAUGUAGACAUUUUCUCAGUGCCUUUUUUUAGUAUAUAGUUUUCACAUUUUUUUCCACCUGUAUAGCACCUGUAUUUUAUGUAUUUAGUAUAACUCACGUUACAUCAUUUUUAUCCUAUUCAGUCACUUUCACUCACAUACAACCUAAAGAAUGACAUGACCAAACAUCAGGCACACAGUUUGGGAACCUGUGUUUUAGAGCAGGGGUAGGCAACCCUGAUCCUGGAGUGCCACAAACACUUCUGGUUUUUGUUUUACCCAAGCCCUAAUUGAGUCAAUGAUUGGCUUAAUGGGUCAGAAUUGCCAUGUGUUCCAGGUAUUUAGCAAUUGAUGAUUAAGAGAUACUUACAGGCACUCCAAGACCAGGGUUGCCUACCCCUGUUUUAGAGUACAAGAGCAAGUUCAGUAGUUCGGGACAAACACCAAUCACAAAAUGUUUUAGUACAAAUAUUUAUUGUGGAGAAUGCUUAGUAUGCGAUUUUACAGAAAAGUAUGUUGUAUAUACACAUUCAUUUGGCAUCAAACCUAACUUGGUUUGAGGGUUCGCUGCCUGGCCGACUGGACGAGGCUGAGACCCCCAUUGAUAAAACAUAAAAAUUGUUAUUAAGAAAGGUGGAGAUGGGGAGGUGGUGGGUUACGAUGAAAUCAAAACGCAACUGAGAGAUAAGUGGUGGGUAUUUAUAGUGCUAACAAUCUUAAUUGGCUAAUGUGUAAAUUGAAUGAUUCAAUUUGGUGACGCGGAGAUUGGUGUCUGACCCUCCUCCCGAACUUUAAUUAUAAAUUUCAUUAGGCGAAUGUGUGAGCAGAGUUAUAUCAGUGUCCCCCUGCCAAGCUUCAGAGAAAGCCAUUUAUUCAAGAAGGAGCCUCAAACAAUUGCGAAUAAAUGUAACUGAUUAACAAAAGUUGAUUAACUCUGAAUCAGCAGCUUGUUGCCAAAGUGAACAGAAAUGUACUAGUUUGAACUGGAAAUGUGCCAAUGUGACUUCCAUUUUAAAAUCUAUGUAUAAUUCCAUCUAGAGACUAGGGUUUGGGAAGCUGCAAAGAGGUGAAACGAAUGAAUGAAGUUUAUAAUGAACAAUACUGAAUAAAUGUCACUGCUGACUGUAUUUGUUUGCAGUUCCUUUUUCUUCAUAUUACUGCAUUUGAACAAGACCCACUCUGCAAGGUUGAAUGCCACGGGAUCUUACCCACAAAGUAGAAUCUUGCCUAAACAUCUGAAGGAUGGUUUAGCUUUACUGGAUCACCACUGAUAAAACCAAGAUUAUUUUACUUUAGAUAGUGAAGUAGGGAUUAUAAGCUUAACAAACUAACGACUAACCAGGAUGUGUAUAUAGACAUUACACCAGCUGCAACCACCAGCUAACGUGAUGUGAAGAAUACCAGGAGCCGAAACCAACUGUGGGCUGUGUACCUGAUAAGCUGCAUGCAAGGACAGAGGGAGAACUACCCCAGAGCCAAGUACAGAAACUUCCAGAAAGUUCGUCUUAGCCCCUGCGGCAGAAGCAGCACCAAUCACUAAGUGACAAAUGGACUCGCACACCUAUGCGGCAAACUUUAACCAAUAAGCGGUACUAAAUGUGCAAUCAUAAUGAGGUAUAAGUAACGUUGCAAACUGUUGUUCUGAGAGCUUGCCUUGUGAAAUUCCACUUGUGUAAUCUCCCGGGCUUGUGAUUAAAGCUUUUCCUUUCUACAAA